ACUCUACUAAGAGCACUCAAAAUCUCAAGAGAGAGAAAUGUCUUCCUCUGAGAGAGCUUUCAUGGACGACCCUUUCUUUGAGAACUCCUACUUCUUGUGGCCCAGACGCGGCAUGCCUCUUUCCAGCUUCAGAGAGGAUUUUCUCCACCGUAGAGCCCAAAUAAUGCAGAACCUGAGGAGUGAGAUCAGAGACAGUUUGCUGAAUGAACUUUGUGAAGAUUUCUUCCAAACUCUAGAUGGUUCCUCAACCUUCUCCAGGCUGUUCAGCACUGACCCAGAGCAGAAGAAGAAGCAGGACGUGUCUCUUACUCUGGACACCCGAGGCUUUUCUCCAGAGGAUGUGAGUGUCACGGUGUCUGGACGAAGGCUGGAGGUGAUGGCCGGAAAGAGGGCUGAGAAAAACGCUUCUUCGUCAUCUGCUGAGUCCCAGGCUCAAGAGUUUGUUCAGGCCGUGCAGCUUCCUGAUCACCUGGAUCCAGCUUCAUUGACCUGCUCACUUGGUGAAGAUGGACUCCUGCAUAUCGAGACACCAGAAGAAACCAAAGACGAGUCCUCGGAGGAGCACGUCGUUCCCAUCCGCUUCAGGACAUCCCUCGAUUUCCCCAUAAACAAGGACAGAUCAAACAAAACAGAGGAUGAGAAGUCAAACUAGAACAGAC